ACGCGACGCGUGAGUAUGGGGUACGAGUGUAGCCCGCCUGGCGUGAACAGCAUCGAGAAUUGAAAACAACCGACGAAACGUGAACUGAAAUUGCAUGACACGAUCGCCACGUGUGGAAGGGUCGCGAUCCUGUCUCACCGUAAGCAUCGAGCCUUUACCGCGAUACCCCGGACGGACUUACACAACCGAUCAGUCGCAAAUGCACAGGUUAAUCGAUCGUGUGUAAUAAACGAAUAGUCGUACCGACGUCGCCCGAUGUUUAAGUAGCGGUGUCUCGCGCGCGCGAGAGAUCGAGACGAUUUCGAAGUUAAAUCGUUCGUCGAUGCGAGACUACUCGCGUGUGCCUGACAGGGAUACGUGAAGAAGGUUUCUCUCGUGGACAACGGGCUGGAAAAAGAUACUCGAGAGCCAAGAUGUCGGUGCUUCUGGAAGCAAGGUCUUACAGACCUUUCAAGUCUUCGGAGGAGUAUCUGAUCGCGAUGAAAGAGGACUUGGCGGAAUGGCUGAACGCUCUCUAUCCAGAGCUAAGAAUCAACGUUGACAAUUUUAUGGACAGGCUGGACACCGGCGUCGCUCUGUGUAAACACUCGAAUAACGUACGCAAGUCGGCGGCUGAGUAUGUGGCGCGUCGUCAGGCGCGCAAAAUCUCGAUGACACGUUCGAUAACCUCGUCGCUGGCGCUGCCGAUGAGCGAGCUGAGCGACGUGGCCUUCCUGCCGAACGCGAGGGCCGGCACCUUCUUCGCCCGCGACAACGUCUCGAAUUUCAUCGGCUGGUGCCGCAACAGCCUGGGCAUCAUCGAGUGUCUGCUGUUCGAGACCGACGACCUGAUAAUGCGCAAGAACGAGCGCCACGUGAUACUCUGCUUGCUAGAGGUGGCCAGGAGGGGUGCGAAAUUCGGCAUGCUGGCGCCGAUGCUGGUGCAGAUGGAGAGACAGAUCGACAGAGAAAUCGCCGCGGAGAAUAAGGCGGCGAACGGUGCCCACGGGAACGGCGGGAACGAGGAAAGCGACGACGAGUACGCGGACAUGCAGCAGGAGGAACCCUGCCUCAUCUACGGACCCCAGCCUCAGAUCGUCACCAAUGACCUGAAGAGCCUCGACGAAAUGGUUCGCGACUUGGUCGAAAGGUGCACGUGUCCGACGCAAUUCCCUAUGAUACGUGUGUCCGAGGGCAAGUACAGAAUUGGCGACACGAAGGUGCUGAUAUUCGUCAGGAUUCUACGAAGCCACGUGAUGGUUCGCGUGGGAGGUGGCUGGGACACCCUCAGCCAUUAUCUGGACAAGCACGACCCUUGUCGGUGCAGAACUUCUCAUCGCUCGAUGAUCUCAGCGAAGCUGAUUCAAAAGGCUGGAGGGUCCUUCGACCUUGGCAGCGCGCAGGUGCAUUACGAAAGAUCACCUCCUAGAACUCGAAGGAGUUCGGCGUCGAGCGUCGGUUCGUGUGCCGGAACGAUGCAGAAUCAGCAGUCGACGCAGCUGCACGCGGCCAGGAGCAUCUCCAGCAAUCGGUCGCGAUCGCCCACGCCUCACCGGCCAACCGGAAAGCAGCAGCAACAGCAGCCGAGCGACGAGCAGAGGAAGAUCAAUCGCUCGAGGAGUCCGACGCCGCAGAGGAAAUUCCUUGGGAGCCCGAACCAUCAGCCGAACGAUUUCGGGAAACAGCGAUCCAGAUCGCCGACCCCGAAGGCGCAGCUGAGAUCGUGCAGCCCGACGACCAAACCGGAACACCCCAAGACCGGAUGCGCCCUCGACUCGCCCAAGAGGAGCGUCUUCAACGAGGAUGCCCGCUCGCCGACGCAUCACGCCAAGCAUCUGGACGCUAAGGACACCAAGAAGGAUCUACACCAGGAGAUCCGCGCGAAGGUGCCCCUGUCGGAGGAGUUCACGAAACGUUACGUGGUGGAGGGUGGAGUGGCCCGGAGGGCGGUGGAGAAAGAGGACACCCCGAAGUACGAGCCGACGAUCUACAAUUACAAGUGUCGCGAGGACUCCAGCAGCCGCAGUCCCACGCCCAGUCCUCCGGCGAUCAAGGAGGAACCGGUGCUGGAGAACUUCGGCAAGGACGUAGUGACGGGUGCCGUCCACUACACCAAGUCUCCCCACGGCGACGGCGAGCACUCGGACAACUGCAGCGAGGUCUCCGACGAGGGCUAUCGAAGUUUGGGCGCCGUUCAGCCACCCACCAGCAACGGGAAUCCCGGGACGUGCACGCAAGGAUCGCCCACGGUUGCCGAUUGUCAAAAGCAACCCCCGAAACCCGAGCAAGAAGAGAGGUCCUGCGUAGAGACGGAGAGCAUCGAGACGGGUCUUAGGAAGACGCGGAUAGGUCCAGCGAGUCCCCUGCGAGCCUCGCCAUCGAGGAGCGUGGCGUCCUCGUCGGGCGACCGCACUCCACGCGCUGGUUCCAUCGUCCGCGAGAACAGCAACGUGUCCAGAGCCUCGUCGGGUAGCAGAACACCCAGGGAGAGCAACUCGAGUCCUGAAGGAAGUCCCUUGAAACGCGGGACGAUCAGGAACAGUCUUCGGAAACCACCGCCAACUGGCAGCCUGAGCAAGGCAUCGGCUGUGCCCAAGUCCUGCCAAUCGCCAGUCAGCGGUAGCAACACGUGGAACGGAAGACAGGCCAGACAGAGGCCGAGCAUUCAGUCGGACACCUUCCUGAACCCCCAAGGAUCGGCGACGUGCGCCACGACACCGAGCUUCUCGAGAAAGAGCCCCGCCAGACAAAGUUUACCACGGCAGAGCACCAACGGCGUCCAGUACGACAGGAACGGCAGAAGGAUCAAACCGUCCACCACGGGGUCCCUUCAGUCCUCCCCGACGAAGGUGGCCAAUCCUCUCCUCGAGCAGAUCCUGCAGAAGGUGGGCCACCUGCAGGACGACCGCGAAGUGGUCCAGAAGCUCCAGGAUCUGUUGAGGGACUACCAGGCCCACGGUGCUGGGGACGUUGCCAAUUUGGAGUUCACCAGGGCGUGGAUCGACGGUAACGGAACCGUGGCACUGCCUCAAGACAAUCAGAUGGCGGCCAGUCCUAGGAAGGAUCCUAAGCCAGCCUCGGAGAGAGGAGGUUUCUCGAGGAUACCAGCGCCCGUGUACAAGAGGCCUAUGUCCGUCGCGUCCGACAGCGUGUGAGGAAGGCCAGUGGUCCCGAGGAAGAGGGCGGGUACGUCUCGAUGAAGGCCCCCCGGUGCCUUCGAGGUCAUCGAGGCUCUCGAUCGGACAGGUAUCUUUCGCGCGCCGGACUAAAGGUGUUAACGCGGUCGAUGCUUCGCGAGUGAUGAUCGUUCCCCUUGUCGUGGCGCCUUCGGUUCCCAAGGAUCCGGGACACAGGGUGGUCCGCGACGGCUGCGAUGACGCGGAACAGGCAACGAUGACAGAAAAUAAACUGGUCAGGCCUGAGGUGUGCAAGCCGAGUCUCACCAACUCGAACGCUUUCGUAAAGAUGCUCUUUAGACGCUUAGAAUCCCAAGUUCUUCAAGGUACAAGCAAUCACCUAGCGUUCCAAAAUCACCAUGUCCUCCUAUGCACCUAAUUCCAUGGUGUCUUUAACUAUAUCGGUCUAACAAUUGCAAAUCAAAGGCCUAGCAAUCCCCCAACACUCCACAUCCUAAAUUACUGGGUCCUCCUAGCUUCUCUAGCUUUCCAAACUUCAUGAUUUCAGUUAAUAUUAUUUAUAUGACCUAGGUUCUCCUUUCCUCCCACGAGAUUUUCAAUGCUCCGUUUCCCGUGCUAUUCCAAUUCGUCCAACUACCGGUGAACACGUAGUAUCUCACACCUCACGCCGCAGGCGUGAAGAAGGUACGAUUUCACGAACAAAGAAACGAUUCGAGGCUAACAAAGCAAUUAAACGCGACGUAGAUCGGCAGCCGUCGCGUAGGCAGUCGAUACAGCGCGGCGGAAACGUGAUCGAUAAACGGUUAGGCAUUCUGCAUGUCGCGUCUGCCUUCUGUGUCAUCGCAGAUCGAAGGCGUCCGAUUAGAGGAAAACUUAACGGGCCUUAACGGUACGGGGUCGAUCAGUUAGCGGGCUCGUAGGAGUCACGUGUAUCGGGGUGGUGCUCGGAGAUAUGGUGCUUGGAACGAGAUGACGUUUCGUGAUGCAAAACUGGAUUACGAGGUGGCAGAAAAACGUGGCGGAUGGAAGAGAAAGACGAGGCACGAAAAGGGACUCGUCUCGUCGACGACGGGGACGCGAUUUCAAUUGGUUAACACGGAAUUCAAGCGGGGCAAUUAGCCGGUGCUGGUCUUGCGUUAAUGGCUUCCCAAUCGAUUUGCUUCCAGUCAGUUAAUUGCACCCCGGCUGACAGCUCGUCGAUUGAUCCGAGACGAGAGAUUACACCUUGCAACGUGGACACGCGAUACUCGAUCUCUCGUGUCUGUGAUUUUUUUCGCCCCGGCGCGGCGUUCCGCGUGAUCGAUAAUUCUGCCUUCCUUUCGGGCGUUUUUUCAUGGUAAAUUAUCCGUUCAAAAAUUAGUAGAAUGCGUUCCGAUAAUUCAGAAGUUAAAAAACAAUUUCACCGUCAUGACCGAAAUUUGAAACAAUUUUUAUUCGACGAAGAACUUGGUCGUCGUUUUAUGAAUUCAUGACACUGAUUGAAUAUUUUUUUUAUACGCUUUUUCGUUCCGAUAAUCUGUCACUGAACGUUUUAAACAGUGAGCAAAUAUGGAGAUCGAUCACGAUAACGUCUCGAGGCGUCGAAAUGGCAGCAUGGCGAAAUAUGGUAUCGCGAGUUCGUGAUUUCUUUAGCUUAGUAACCGCGGUCCGCGAAUUUCUACGUUUCGUGCGUUCGAUCACGGCAAAUUAUUUAUUUAUAUAGUCUAUCGGUUGUAUUUAUUGAAGACGAUUUAUUUACGCGUUGCGAGUUCGCUCGAGAGUGAGAAGAAAGAGAGAGAGAGAGAGAAAGAAAGGAUGUCGGAGGAUCACAGGUUCCUUUUCAGGAUGUCGAGACGAGGAGAGACUGCAGGAGAGGUCGAAUCGAAUCUCUCGAGAGGAAAUCAAAUUACCCCCCUCCCCCCCCUAACA